AUGGACAAGAAGUGUUCGAUCCAAGCCAAGCCGGUCAAGCCAAUGUUUACGGAAGCAUGGCGGUUCCUGGCGGGUCGGAGGUCGGAAAGACCUUGGGAAACACUCGGCAGGAACCACCCGUUCACGCGGAUCAACAAAAGGAGGUCGACAUUUACAGAGACACGCCAGUCCGAUUAUUAGGUUACGCGAACGAAUUAGGUGAAGCUUUUAGGUCUUUGGUCCACGUGAAUGUGGUGCGGCUCACGUAUGCCGUCGCAAGUGCAUACGUCCUUGCGGAUACUGCCGACAAGGUCGCCAAAGCAGACAAGACAAAGUGCACGGACGAGGCAACGCACCGGAGAAAGCUCCUGGCCACGGCCGCAGACACCCUGGUGUGGCAAGCGCUGGCGUCCGUCAUAGUCCCUGGCUUCACCAUCAACAGGGUGUGUGCCCUCUCUCUGCAUUUGCUCAAACGCCACUCGGGACUGACGCUCAAUGCUUGCAAGUGGACUACCACCGGCAUCGGCCUCAGCUGCGUACCCUUCAUCGUGUCGCCCAUCGACCACGGAAUCCACGCGCUGAUGGACAGGACGGUUCGCCGCUGGGUGCCACCGCCGCCUCCUCCGGAGUGACAUCUUCAUUUAAUUUACUUGCACCUCCUGCACCGGUGCAGGAGAGUUUGCGACAGUGUACUUCCAGUAUGUGUUUUGAGAUACGACCGGAAAUACACCACCCUACCCGCCCUUAUACUUUUCUGCACCAGUGCAAGAGGUGCAGGUAAAUGGAACGAUGCUUAUGUCAACCUGCAUAAGUUCAAACGUCUUGCCACCGUAGUAUUUUUUAGAUGCUUGUGAUCAGCCCUGUUCAAAAACUGGUCUGGCCAUCCUGUGCGCGAAAAUGCAUUGCUGUGGGGCACCAGUCCGGUGAGUCCGGCAACCUUAUGUAUGCCUUAGCAAGGCAUCGUAAUCGGACUAGCUUGGUGCCCCAGCAGCAAGAUGCCAUACUUGCAAACGUGUAUGGGUACAGUGCAAACCCAGAUGCCCACACCAGGAAUUCGCUAGAGCAAUAAUAAACAGAGCAGUCAUUUAUUUUGUCAUAA